CUCCUCCUCCACACUAAUGCGCCAAAGUUGGCCACUUGAGCAACUCCCAGCCUCCAAGCAGACAUUAACACCCGAAGUAGCAGAGACUCGUUAAAAAGCAAGACGAGACACUACUUCAACUUGCCCAACUCCAUCUGUAGCACAUUCCAACACAGGCAACUUGUAGUAGCCACUCGCGAUCCAAGUGGCUCUGUCUGUACUCCAUCUCCAGCAGGCUGACAGAUACUUUCCAGUUAUCGUUUGCCCUCUUUAGCAGAGGGUUUCAGUUUACAAGCCUCUGUUGUCCUAGGCAUUAUUCAAUAUAUAUCCGUUUUAUUUUCCUUGAGAAACGAUUUUAGCUUACACCUUUGGGCUUACCUUAUUCACUGGACAGGAUCAUUUAUUUGUUUAACCUGGCUGAAGAAUACAGAAUGGCAGCCUUACCAGGGACAAUGCCCAGGAUGAUGCGCCCUGCGCCAGGCCAAAAUUAUCCCCGAACUGGAUUUCCUCUGGAAGUAUCUACCCCACUGGGUCAAGGAAGAGUGAAUCAGCUGGGAGGAGUAUUCAUUAAUGGACGGCCACUUCCGAACCAUAUCAGGCACAAGAUCGUAGAAAUGGCCCAUCAUGGUAUCAGACCCUGCGUGAUUUCUCGUCAGCUCCGGGUCUCUCAUGGAUGUGUAUCCAAAAUCCUCUGUCGCUACCAAGAGACAGGUUCGAUCCGCCCCGGGGCCAUCGGGGGAAGCAAGCCCAGGCAGGUGGCUACACCCGAUGUGGAAAAGAAAAUCGAAGAGUACAAACGCGAGAACCCUGGCAUGUUCAGUUGGGAAAUACGGGACAGACUUCUCAAGGAUGGACACUGCGACCGAAGCACAGUUCCCUCAGUUCCAGUGAGUUCUAUCAGCCGUGUACUGAGAAUUAAGUUUGGGAAAAAAGAAGACGAAGAGGACUGUGACAAAAAAGAGGAAGAUGGAGAAAAGAAAGCAAAGCACAGCAUAGACGGGAUUUUAGGCGACAAAGGCAACCGCCUCGAUGAUGGUUCUGAUGUGGAAUCUGAACCAGAUCUCCCACUUAAGCGGAAACAACGCCGGAGUCGAACAACGUUCACUGCUGAGCAAUUGGAAGAGCUGGAAAAAGCCUUUGAGAGAACCCAUUACCCUGACAUCUACACUCGAGAAGAGCUGGCCCAGAGGACGAAGCUGACAGAAGCACGAGUGCAAGUUUGGUUCAGUAACAGACGAGCCCGAUGGCGUAAGCAGGCAGGAGCUAAUCAGCUUGCAGCAUUCAAUCAUCUCCUUCCAGGGGGGUUUCCACCAACUGGGAUGCCAGCAUUACCCCCUUAUCAGCUACCAGAGACAACAUACCCUACAUCAGCAUUAUCUCAAGAUGUAGGUAACACCGUUCAUAGACCACAGCCCCUCCCUCCUUCUUCAAUGCACCAAGGUGGAUUAGCGGCAGCAGACUCCAGCUCAGCUUACAGUGCACGACACAGCUUCUCCAGCUACCCAGAGACAUUUAUGAAUCCAACAGCUACUGCCAAUCAUAUGAAUCCUGUGAGCAAUGGUCUUUCUCCCCAGGUAAUGAGUAUUCUCAGCAACCCCAAUGCAGUUGCUGCACAGCCCCAAACAGAAUUCUCCAUUUCCCCUCUACAUACUGGUCUGGACACUUCCAACUCUCUUUCUGCCAGCUGCAGUCAACGCACUGAUGCCAUUAAAUCUGUGGACAGCUUGCCGACCUCUCAGUCAUACUGCCCUCCAACAUACAGUACCACUGGCUAUAGUGUGGAUCCAGUUGCUGGCUACCAAUACAGUCAGUAUGGACAAUCUGCUGUGGACUAUCUUGCCAAGAAUGUGAGUCUCUCUACACAACGGCGGAUGAAGCUGGGAGAUCACUCUGCUGUUCUGGGGCUCCUACAGGUGGAGACAGGACAGGCUUAUUAAUGACAAACUGUAAAUGCCAACUACUUCAGGAAUAGGAGGAAAUAAAUGUCCUGCCUUCAAAUGAGAGAGGAUCCUUCUCAAAAUGGGGUACAUUCACCUUCCUGAUAUGUGGCCACCUACUAACUGAAUCAUAGGCAGAUUGGCUGCCAUGUAUCAGAUACACAACAUGCAUCUCUACUUAAAUAAUGCUGCUUGGCUGUCAUUGGCUACAACAGCACUCAGGUGACCAGCACUGGAACUUUCUACUCUGGAUGUAGACUGAGAAAAAAAACAACUGCUCCUGUAUAAUGCCGUGUUGACUGUAGUUGGCUAGAAGAAUUCCAUUUGGAUCUAUAGCUCUUGUAAAAAUAUUGCUGUAAAUGUUAAACCAUGUAUAGGUCAGAGUCAGAGUAAUAAAAGAGGGGUAUAUUGUGCAUUGGACAAAUAGAUGAAAAAAUAUGUGGGACCAAAAAAAAAAAGUUUUUACUUCCCAUUAAACCUUGAAAGAUGGGUCUUUGUUAAAGAGACCUGUCAUAAGACUGCGGUAACUCUGGGAAUCAACUAAGGCAAUUGUCGUCAGACUUACUGUACAUUUACUUUUUUUCCUGCAUCAGAUAGAUAAUUCCAGUGGUAUUACUGUUGUGCAGCAUGAGUUGAUGAAGCUAAUAUUUUACUGGUGGCCAUUUGAUAAAAACGUUGACUCGAAAGAAUAUCCUGAUAUUCCGAAUUAUGCAAUGCUGUGCAUGGGGCACAAUGCACAUCUAGGAUGCAUUCAGUGUGAAAAUGGUAAAGCAAAACAUUUUGAAUGCUAAUAGUAAAAAUCAGAGUGAUCACAGAUCUAGAUAAACUUUGUUAUUUGUUUGUGAAAUUGUUAAAUUCUAAAAUGUAAACUAUCACCAGAAGAUUCAUAUUGUAUGAGAAAUGGAACAGCCUGUGUUUAUGUGUGGUAUAACAUUCCUAGCUAUUUUCUGCUAAAUUUAAAAACAUUCCUUAUUAUGCUUUUGUGAUCAUAUCGUAUUCAGUGGAAGUAUGGAAUUUUAUUUCUUUUGCCAAGAAUUUACAAGUUGCAGAGGGCCAACAAUACAAAGCAAAGGAAAGGAGUAGACUUCCGCAAAGUACUUAUACAUUGCCAUCUCAACAUGAUGACCAGAAAGAUUUGUGUCGAGUCUGUUAGGGUCCAACUAUAUGCAUCUAUUGGUGUAAAUAGAACUGUUAGUGAAUUCUAAGCAUUCCUGUAAUGUUGGAAGCUUCUCUUUCAAUGCAAUCUUUUAAAUAAUUUCACGUCACACUAUACGCAUACAUUUCACUGCAACUGUGUUGUAUCAUAAUACAGAAUAUACGCUUUCUACUAAAAGCGUAUGUGCAGUGCCAGGUGACAGGAGGUUUGCCAGGAAACUCAGCUGUAACUUAAACCCUGUUUGUAAAUUUCUGGUUGCAUUACUAGAUCUAAUAGGAGAGCUGCUAUUGGCUGUUCUACCCCUGUCAGUGAUUACUGGACACUUUAAUAAACUACUCAUCUUACAAUAUAAUCCUGAUUAAACAAAUGCACAAAAUGAACAUUUCAGAAGAGAGAGAGAUGCUGCACACAUGAUCUGCGGACCAAGUUAACUUAUGUCAUCUCCACUGCAUAUUAAGGCACUGUCGAGGGAGGUGUGGCCUAUCAAAGGACCUGUACCUACAGCCCUAGAAGUCUGUGCUGAAAUAACAUUAUUGUGAUUCCUGUUUUUGUUUCUUAUCUUUUCCAGAUUUUUUUGCCUCACUUAUUUAUCUCUGCCAUCAUAUUGAUGAAUCGAGUGGUGAGGCCUUGUAUGUCAAGCUGUGUGCCAGCUGUCACACAUUUGUGUAUACAUCUAGUGUGUCUAUGAAGGUACACAUAUACUGAGAAACUUGCAUACCAUGAAAAUGGACUAAAAUGUUAUGAUGCUAAAUUGUGUCUUCUCUAUGCUUCCCCUAAGACUUACAUUUAUCUACCUGAGAUAUUUAUAGCACUAUGUGAUACUUCAAGGACAUUCCCCCACCCAUUCUCUUGUAGAAUCUUUUUUUCUGUGUUUGAAUUCCAUUUUUGUCCAGCAUGUGUGUAUAUAAUCAUACCUAAUUUAUUCAGUUGUAUGGCGCAGUAGUGUAGUCAAACUGUGUAUUUCCUUACUACCCAUGGCCUGUAGAAUGCUGCUCUGAAACAGGAGCAUAACUGUUAUACAUUAAACAGAAAUAAAUUUGG